GUAAAAUUUGAAUGGAACCUUUUGCUCUGACUUCUUUUUUUAACACAAAUCCAAGCAUUUUUGGCUUUACAAGUAAUACAUUUUAUCAAAGAUUCCAACAAAUAUCGUCCUUUUUUUUAAAAGCAGCAAAACUAAAUCAGAGUUAUUCUUUUUUUCCUACCUUGAUGGUUUAAGUACAAAUAGAUAACCUUUUUCAAAACAAGUCUGGGCCAUUCUGCCUUAUUUAUAUUUGUCAAUGUUAUGCAUAACUAAGAAACACGACUUCCGCAUAACUCAAUAAAAUCCUGAAAAUAUCCCAUUCUGGUGUUUUCAAAAUGUCAAAGUUGACUCUUUGUGUGGGAAAAACUUCUGAACUUGUAUAAAAUCCAGUAAAGUACAACAAAAUAUCACCUCAAGCAACAAGAUAAACAUUUAUCGUGCACAUUUUUGUUUUUUAAUUAGAAACUAAAUCCUUGAGCAGAACCUAUAGAAGGUGACAGUGCAGCUCAUGUCCUGCAGGGGGCGUGCGUCCUGCAGGCCUGACCAUCGUGCACAGCUGGAAGAGUGAUUUUCAGGGCGGUAAACACACCCCUCCCCGGCCCCCAUCCUGCCCUGGGAAGGACGUUUCCCAUUCCCGGGCCAGAAGCAGAGGUGGCUGUGCUUGAGUCGGUGCUCACACAUUCUCACCUGUUGGUUCUUGUCUCUGCCAUCACCAAAUGUGCUGUUACUGUGCCAGAGGACAGAGGAGGGCCAGGGGGAGGUUCUGAGCAGAAACAGAGAGUCCAAUGUUUGGUUUUACAAUCCUCGGCCCAAAAGAAUAAAGACGAGGAUCCUUCCCCUCAGACGGACUGGAAAAUGAAGAACUCCUCUUUGGUCAUUGCUCUUCUGACACAAGCUCUUCUGGAAGAUUUGUGUUUGGCCAUCAACGCCACCAUCACGCCCUCCCCGUUUACGGUGGCCCAGGAGGGUCAGAACGUCACUCUCACUUGCGUCGUCUCCCAGCGCCGCCGCAAUUCAGCUCUGCCCGUGGUCAAGUGGACUUUUCUGCCGGCGGGGACAGAGCGGCCGGAGGACGAACUCCUCAUCGCCCGGGUCAACAUGAGGAAAGCCCGUUUCUAUGGCAACUACACCAAGAGCUUCACGUGGCCCAAGAUGAAGCUGACGGUGGUGAAGCACGGGAAGGUGUUCGAGCUGCUCAUCCUGAACGUGUCGGAGGACGACCGCGGCCUGUACCUGUGCCGGGUGCAGGAGUUUAGGAAGCACCAGGACCGCUGGAGGGCCGCGUCCAACUGCACGGCAGCGACUGAGCUCAGAGUCCAUGUUCUACCAGCCGCCAAGGAAAAAGAAAGUCUGUGGAGUUUGUUUGAAGACGUGUACCUGUGUGCGGUGCUGAUCUGCUCCAUAGGCCUGCUGUGCAUGUGCAUGUUCACCGUCACCAUAACCUGCCAGUUCAUUCAGAGGAAGCGGAGACUAAAAGACAGUUACCUGUUGAAAAGUCCUCACAACAGCUCCGGGGAGACGGUCACCAGUGAGGCCAACGUCUCACCUGCACUCCCUAAAAAGGAGAGGAGAUACAGGAAGAAAAGGAGCAAAGGCCUCCAGGAGGAGCUUCCACCAGAGAUACCUGCAAAAGCUCCCAUCAAAUCAAGCAAACCCAAACUUUUAAAACCUCAGCCAAGAAAAGUUUUGCUGUUUUAUGGAGUUUUUCCCCUCUUGCUUCCUGUCCCCCCGACUGCUCCCCUUUGUUCUCCAUGUGGGUCUGCAGCCGAGGAUCGUGGAGGAGAACCUGACGUACGCAGAGCUGGAGCUGAUAAAACCUCUUCCUGAGAUGAAGGCGGCGUGCAGCGGCACCGUCUACGCUCAGAUUCUGUUCAAGGAGCAGAAACUAUGAGAGCAAACCACUAACGGAGGAGGAUUUUCUUAUUUAUGUUGGGACUGCUUCGUCUCCAGAAGACUGACAAGGGAAAUGUAGCAAAAAUGUUUAUUUCAUUGAAGUGUUCCUCCUUUUUAGGAACAAAAACUUUUUUAAGUUCAGUAUUUUUGUGCCUAUAUUUGAAUUUAAGUUUAUUUAUCCCUGGUUGGCCUCAACGAAUGGCUUUCAUUAAUCUUUUUUAAAAAAAAAGAUGCCUCCAUCUACUUUCUUAAGUUGCUGUAUUUCUUUUGGGGUCAUGGGGUCACCAGUGCCUGUCCAGGUAUGAUGGGAUACAUACACCCUGACAGGCGCUAGUCCUUCACAAGGCAAAAAAAAUGCAGAUUCCUGUGUUAAAACUUAUAGUUUGGACUGUCUUUCACAUUUUAACGUUUUAUUUUUAUUUCUGGUUUUUAAUCAACAUAAUCCUCCAUUUUCCAUGGUUACUGUCUUCAGUUCAGGCUGCCGGGGUCCACCAGGGGGCGCUGACCUCUUUAGAGCUGAUCUAUGCUCAAACACAUUUCAUGUCUUUAUUGAAUAACAUUAGAUUACUCUAAAUAAUCUAUGCAACGAAGAGAGUAGAAAGGACAAUCUCGUAUCGGAUAUAUAGAAUAUAUAAUGAAGUUCAGUUACUAAAACUUUUAGGUUAUUGUGGUAAAAAAUGUGAACGUGUUCUGGUUUCAAUCAUAGAGAGUUCUAACAUCUAAUAUGGACCCUGAAGUGAUUUGAGUCUCUUCAACCAACCUCAACAUUGUCCAAAAACGGGCGGUACAAAAGAAAACUUUGACUGUAUAUGAGAACUGGAGUGAGUGAGUGUGACAUCAUCAGUAGAAAAUGAUUUAGUUCUGAAGUCGAUUCCACCAUACUGAUACGAUUGUUGAUGCCAGAUGACGUUAACAAGCUGGUCUACGUUUCUACGGAAACCACUCUCACCAAUCAGGAGUGAGCUUGUUGGAAGGCCACACCCCCAACACUUGAAAUCAGACAAUCAAAUGUUUUAAUGUUGGAUGUGUGGGCUCCAUUUACUUUAAUUGAGCCGUCUGAUUGGUCAGUAUUUAAUCUGAACUACAG